GCAACUUGCCAUGUGGCAAGUUCCCAUGGAAAACUGAAAAAACAGACAAGAAACAGAUCGGCAGUUGCAGGCCGCGCGGGUUUUGGGUUUGGGAAGAAGUCGCCGUCCCUCUUUUCUUUCUGACAUUCUAACCCCUGCAAUCUACAACCCCCCCACAUUUAUAUAGUAUUGUCUUACAGCUUGAUUUUCUCAUUUUGCCCUUUGUCUUUCCCUGGAUUUUCCUCCUGUCUCCUUCCCAAGGCUCCAUCUUUUAUUUAUACCAAGCCUCCAAAAGAUAGAAUUUUGUGAGUUUGGUUACACGAAGAUGCCCGGACUUAUCAUGGAUGAAAUUAAAGAGGAAGCAGUGACGAAUGAAGUGAAUGGGACUUCCGCACACAAGGAAAAUUCUGCUUCGAAUAAGUCCCCUAAGAGUACGCCAAGUCCACGAAGCCCUCAUGGUGCAGAUCACCCCAUUAAUGGGAUGGUUCAGGUUGACACCUCCAUUGAGCAGCUUUAUGAGAAUGUGUGUGAUAUGCAGAGUUCUGAUCAGUCGCCCUCGAGGCAGAGCUUUGGAUCAUAUGGUGAAGAAUCUCGGAUUGAUUCAGAAUUACGCCAUCUUGUUGGAGGGGAGAUGAGGGAAGUUGAGAUAAUGCAAGCGGAGGAUGUGGAUAAGCCAGAAGAUGAUACUCGUAGUAAUUCCUCUUCUAAGAGGGGAAGCUCAUCUAAUGCUAAAAAGUCAGGGCAGUUGGACAAGACCCAAUCUGCAAGUGUAAAAUCUACUUCUUCAGGUCAUGCGCAGAAAGCAUCUCCGUCACAAUUGGACUCUGAAGCAUUGACAAAACCCAGUCUGAAGGGAAAAAGUCCACCUGAGAAACCUCCCAUCGAUAAGCGGAACAGGAGUCUAAAGAAACCUAGCACAGGAUCCAUGAAGAAAGGAAAAGGGUCAAAGUUGCAAAAUGGAUCUGAGGAUGCAUCUGAGUCAGGGUUAGGUAAUCCUGAUCUCGGACCAUUUUUGCUCAAGCAAGCUAGGGAUUUGGUUUCUUCAGGAGACAAUCCCCAGAAAGCUCUUGAAUUAGCACUUCGAGCAGUAAAAGCAUAUGAACUUUGCGCCAACGGAAAACCCAGUUUAGAACUGGUCAUGUGUUUGCAUGUCACAGCGGCAAUAUAUUGCAGCUUAGGCCAGUACAGUGAGGCAAUUCCUCUUCUUGAGCAAUCAAUUGAGAUUCCAUUGAUUGAUGAAGGCCAAGAGCACGCCCUUGCUAAAUUUGCUGGUCAUAUGCAGUUGGGCGACACUCAUGCCAUGCUAGGACAGCUUGAAAACUCAAUAACUUGUUACAGCACUGGUUUUGAAGUCCAGAAACAAGUUCUGGGAGAAGCAGAUCCCAGAGUUGGUGAGACCUGCAGGUAUUUGGCUGAAGCUUAUGUUCAGGCACUGCAAUUUGAUGAAGCUCAGAGGCUAUGUCAAAUGGCUAUUGACAUUCACAGAGAGCAUGGUUCACCGGCUUCUCUUGAAGAAGCAGCAGAUAGGAGGCUCAUGGGUCUCAUAUGUGAAACAAAGGGAGACCAUGAAGCUGCUUUGGAGCAUCUUGUUUUAGCCAGUAUGGCCAUGGUGGCAAAUGGCCAGGAGGCAGAGGUGGCUUCUGUUGAUUGCAGCAUUGGAGACACUUACUUAUCUUUGUCGCGAUACGAUGAGGCUGUUUUUGCAUAUCAGAAAGCACUCACAGCUUUUAAGACAACCAAAGGAGAGAAUCAUCCAGCUAUGGGGUCUGUCUUUGUCCGGUUGGCUGAUUUGUAUAACAGGACAGGGAAAUUAAGGGAAUCAAAAUCAUACUGCGAGAAUGCCCUCCGAAUCUAUGAAAAGCCCAUGCCUGGGAUCCCUCCAGAGGAGAUUGCAAGUGGCCUCACAGAUGUCUCUGCUAUUUAUGAAUCAAUGAACGACCUUGAUCAGGCAAUCAAUUUGCUACAAAGGGCCUUAAAAAUAUACAAUGAUGCUCCUGGUCAGCAAAGUACAAUUGCUGGAAUUGAAGCCCAGAUGGGAGUAAUGUAUUACGUGUUGGGGAAUUAUUCUGAAUCUUACAACUCCUUCAAAAGUGCCAUUUCGAAGCUACGUGCAUGUGGAGAGAGGAAAUCUGCCUUCUUUGGCAUUGCUCUCAAUCAAAUGGGGCUGGCUUGUGUGCAACGCUAUUCUAUAAAUGAGGCUGUUGAGUUGUUUGAAGAAGCCAAGAGCAUUUUGGAGCAAGAGUGUGGACCAUACCACCCUGAUACACUCGGGGUAUGUAGUAAUCUAGCCGGCACUUAUGACGCUAUUGGCAGGUUGGAUGAUGCCAUUGAAAUCCUGGAGUAUGUUGUUGAGGUGAGAGAGGAAAAGGUUGGGACGGCAAAUCCUGAGGUUUAUGAUGAGAAGAAAAGGUUGGCUGAAUUACUAAAAGAAGCAGGAAGAGUUCGGAGCAGAAAAGCCAGAUCAUUGGAAACCCUUCUUGAUGACAAUCCUCAUAAUGGAAACGGUGAGGCAAUUAAGGUGUGAUACGGAUGGAUUUAUGUAUUUAUAGAUGAACAUGAUGUAUUAUAGGACUCGUUAAAAUGAGAAAAAGAAAGAAAGAAAGAAAAAGAAGAAAAGAAUAGAUGUUUAUCGGUUUUCUGUUUGAUUUUUGGCAUGGGGAUGGUUAUAAUGGGUGGUAAGGUGGAACGAAAUAACUGUCUAGCAGGGUUUUGGUUGUAUUAUUUAUUGUAAUUCUAUAUUGAUUAAAGGUUGCUUUUAGAUUAUUUUUUUUAUCAUUUGUGAAGUAAUUUCUAUUCAAACAGCUGAAGUAUGGAUCUGCUUGCGGUGGUAGAGUAAAGAUUCUUAGAUCAGAUGUCUGUAAUAAGAUGCUGUAAUAAUGUCAAACAAAAUCUUAUGAUGUAAUUCAUCCUUUUUUAUUCAGCUGAUUGAUUGCUAA